CCAGCCGGAGGCUGUGGACUCCAGCGAGUGUGUAAGAUGCUCUGUGUCCGCGGCAGCGUUCUGUGUCUAGGCUUGGGGUUCACCAUUCACCGCGCUCCUAGAACAGUCUCCCGCUGGCCGGGAUGGGGUCCCCGGGCCAUGUGUCACCCCUGCAGCUCCAGCAGCCAGAAUCGCAGCGGCUCAGAGCCCCCAGUUCACAGGAUCCCCGCCCAGUACAAGCCUUCGAAAUUCGACAAGAAAAUUCUGCUGUGGACCGGGCGUUUCAAAUCUAUAGAGGAGAUCCCAAGCCUAGUACCGCCUGAGAUGAUAGCUGUUUCAAGAAACAAGGCUCGAGUGAAAGCUUGUUACAUAAUGAUGGGGCUCACAGUUGUCGCCUGCUUUGCUGUGAUUGUGUCUGCCAAAAGGGCUGUGCAACGGCAGGAAUCCCUAACAAGGUGGAAUCUGGCAAAGAAAGCUAAGUGGCGAGAAGAGGCUGCAUUGGCUGCACAGUCCAAGUCUAAAUGAUGCUUUUGGCUAAAUUAUGUCAAUGUACUCACUCAGGUGCCGUAACU